CUCGUAACUUCCUUCUCUCAUGAGUUUACGGGUUGCUUGUGUGUUUGGACAAACAACAUUCCCAAAGGGGUGUCACUGCCGCGAAAGAAAACAACAAGACAAAGAGUGUGAAACUUUGCUGGAUUGUAACUGACUCCGUCACAUUCAAGAUUUGCAGGAUGUCUCUGACUAUGUCUCAGGGCGAGGGGGUGACCGUGAUCACCAUCAACUCAAACCCCAACAGCAAAUGGCCGAUACUGUGUCAGAUCCUGGGCACUCUGUGUUACAGUCCAGUGUGUUCCGUGUCACAGUAUGCGAAAUCAAAGAUGAUUGGCAUCUAUAUGGCGCUUGGGAUUGUGCAGAUUAUAGUAGGAAUCCUCAAUAUUGUGACCGGGAUUUUAUUUUUAAGAUUUGGAAUACACGAUUACAUUAUGUGGUCUGAUGCUCCUCUUUGGUUUGGUGGUGUGUUCAUUGUAAUUGGAUUCCUGUCUAUUGUUGCAGCUCAGAUUCCCAGUUAUUUUCUGUGUCUCGUCGCUGUGGUGCUGAACAAAGUCAGUGCUGUUCUGGCUAUGGUAGGCCUAGCAUUGUAUUCAUGGGACUUGAUGAGCUUUCAGAGAGCUGUAGUUCAGCAAUAUGAGCAUAUGAAUGAGGUUGAGAUCCGUGAAGGGCUGGAUGUCACUAUGAUGAUCUUUUCAGGCCUUCAGCUCAGUGUGACCCUCAGUUUCUCUGUCUUGACUUUGAAAGAACUGUUUGAAAUGGGUGUGAGUGCAAAGUCUGGGGAGGACCUUCACUUUUACAAGCCACUCAAAGAAGAUCUCACUGUCAGUCAUGUAUUUUAGAAAAGCAACAUAGAAAAUCAAAUGUACAUUGUAGCGUUGUUAUAUACAUGUACAAUUUUUCUCUCUUAUGGAAUAGCAAAAAUCU